AUGAUCAAAUUAAAGAUUCCUGGCCUUUUCCGGUUUGAAGUGGGGCCGGUGGUGCCGUGGGGAAGGGUGCGGGCGCUGCAUCUCUAUGCCGCGCGCCUACAAGUCCGGAAGGCCGGGUCCGGGGACCGUCGCGGCGAGGCAGAGAAGGCGCUCGAUAAACUGGAGGAGUUCCAGGCGGCCAAGGAGGGGUGUGCGGGCCACAGCCAUGUGCACGCGGACGGGGGACACACGCACGGACACGGGGGGGUGUCGGCGGCACGGCUGGCGGGGCUGGGCGGACACACACACACGCACGGCGGCAACCCACUGCUCUUGCUCGACCGGGAGGCGAUCCGGCGCAACGCAGGGGUGAAGAUCACAUGGAUCGGGCUGCUGAUGAACGUGGGACUGGCAACGGGCAAGUUUGUGGGCGGGGUGGUGUUCCAUUCGCAGGCGCUGAUCGCAGACGCGGUACAUGCGCUCAGCGACCUGGUGUCGGACUUCCUAACGCUGUUCUCGGUGUCGCUGGCGUCGCGGCAGCCAACGCAGGAGUUCCCGUACGGGUACGGCAAGGUCGAGACGGUGGGCUCGCUUGCGGUAUCCUCGAUUCUCGCAAUGGCGGGACUAUCCAUCGGGUGGGGCUCGCUGUGCUCCAUACUGGGGCCGCUGGUGCCACACGCGCUGUUGGAGCUAGCGGCCACGCAUGCGCAUGUGCACGCACACGCGCACGACCUGACGAACAUCAACGCGGCGUGGAUCGCCGGCGGCUCGAUCGUGCUCAAGGAGUGGAUUUUCCGUGCUACGAGGAAGGUGGCCCAGGAGACCCAGUCGAACGUGCUGAUGGCGAACGCGUGGCAUCACCGCAUCGACUCGCUGACGUCGCUCGUCGCCCUGGUGACCAUCUCGUCGGGGUACCUGCUCAGCAUUCAGUCGCUGGACGCGUUCGGCGGCCUGCUCGUCUCGGGGCUUGUCGUCAAGACGGGCUACGCCGGUAUGAAACAGGCGGCCAGCGAGCUGGUCGAUCGCUGUCUGCCGCCGACCGACACGCGCUAUGUGGACAUUCACGCAUUGACCACCCGCACCUUGGAGCAGAUGAUUUCCAACAACAACGCGAAGCGCAAGUACGCCCUGCACGACCUCACGGUGCUCGCCUCCGGGCCAAACACGCACGCGCACCUUGUGCUCGAGGUUCCCCGCCAGCGCUGGGAUAACGUCCUGUCCAUCGAGGAGUUCGAGCUUGUCACCGAGCACCUGCGCUCCGUGCUCUCCCAGCAAGUUCCCCACCUCAGGAAGGUACACAUCGAAUUCUUCGGGGAGCGGCCUACUCAGCCUGCUCCGGAGGCGCACUCGCAUGCAGACUCUCCCCACAACCACACUCACGAGCACUGA